AUGCUGCCAUUCAGCCGCUCCUGCAAGUUCCAGAUGAAGAGAGGCGGUGGCAAAAGCAUGCUCAUUGAGGUGAUGUUCGGGGUGCAGCAAGACGACUCAGAUAUCUUUGAGAGCAGCCAGAGUACAGAGGCCAUCUUCACCCCAGACAUGAUGUGGCCAGACAGCUAUGCUGUGGCAGAGGCAAAGUUCUUCAGGCUUAUGGCCAGGGACAUCCCGCACAGCAGCUUCCACCUCAGAUGCUUGCAGGUCUGUGCCUGCAUCGUGGUGGGCACGGACUUUUCCAGCUGUACCUUCAAGACUGUUGUGAUGCACUUCCUGACCACCACACCCCUGUCAGGCUGGACCAGGAGGGAUUUUCCGCUGCGGCUGCUGGAAAUCAUGCGAUACCUGCGCCACCGCCUGAAGGAGAAAUGGCUCAACCACUUCUUCUUGGGCAACGAGGGGAUGCCUGAGGAGAUCGUCUUGCCCUCAGACAUCCGAGAGGCUGAACAGCUCAACCUCUUCCAGCACCUGGAGCAGGAUCCCGUCGCCCAUGCUGAGGCAAUGCAUGAGGUAGAGGAGCUUCAAGAUCGGCUCAGAAGACUGCUGAAAGACCACUGA